AUGUGUGGAAUCAGUGCCGUGUUUUCACUCCAAGGCUACCCCAUACCGUCGACAGAGGAACACCUGUCAUCUUUAGAUGAUCAGCUCAGCAAGAGUCUAGAUACCAUUCAGCACCGUGGACCCGAUGCGCGCGGUCAGUGGGCGAGCGAGGAUGGCAAGGUUCAUCUUGGACAUGUCCGACUCUCCAUCGUGGACCUGAGCCCACGAGGUAACCAGCCCUUUCACGACAGUGUAGAUGAUGUACACGCUGUCGUGAAUGGUGAAUUGUACGACGAUGAAUAUUAUCGAAAGCUUCUGGGUGACGAGUACGAUUUUCAAAGUUUAAGUGACUGCGAGGUUGUGCUGGCUCUUUAUCGACACUAUGGUCUAUCCUUCCUGUCGCACCUGCGAGGUGAAUUCGCCGUCAUCUUGUGGGAUGCCCGUAGAAAGGUGUUUGUUGCUGCGCGAGACCGGUUUGGAGUCAAGUCACUUUAUUACACCGUCGUCAAUGGUCGCCUUCUCGUGGCGACUGAAAUGAAGUGCUUCCUUCCAUUUGGGUGGAAACCCGAGUGGGAUGUUCAAAGCCUCAGGGAAUGUGGCUGGACGUUUGGUGCUGGGACGAUGUUCAAAGGGGUCCAUUCGAUCUCUCCUGGGCAUUACGUGAUAAGCAGGGGCUUCAAACCUAUUCAGGAUGCCGUUUACUGGGAUGCUCAGUAUCCAGACAAAAGAACCCCUGAAACUCGAUCAGAAGCGGAGAUGAUCGAUAAUGUUCGAAACCACCUGAUGGAAGCCAUUAAAAUUCGUCUUCGCGCCGAUGUGCCAUUGGGAAUCUAUCUCAGUGGCGGAAUUGAUUCCUCCGCAGUGGCUGGCAUGGUCGCUCAUCUGGUCAAAGAGGAGGGUGCUCGACUGGGAAGCGAUGAUAGCCAUCUUCUGUCACGGAUCAAAUGCUUCACAGUGCAGUUUGACAAAAAUAGCGGGGCAGAUGAAUCCGAUAUUGCACAGCGCACGGCCGAAUGGCUUGGUGUUGACUUUCAUCCGGUAUCAAUAACAGAAGAUAUCAUUGUCUCAAAGUUUGAGGAUACGAUUUGGCACAGUGAAGCCCCCCUGCCGGACACCAAUGGCAUUGGGAGACUUGCCAUGGCCGAAGUCGCUAAGUCUCACGGAAUGAAAGUCAUUCUAACAGGUGAGGGUUCCGAUGAGCAUUUUGGGGGAUAUGCGGAAUUGAGGCACGAUUUCAUGCUUGAAACCGACCCCUCAUGGCCCGACUCGCUAUCUGAGACUGAGCUUGCAGAACUAGCUGAAAAGCUGAAUAUUACAAGUAUGUCAGGGGCCAGCUUUCCGAAUAUCAAGAGAGCCCCUGCAUCCACUCAGAGAAUGCUCAACCACUCCUCAAUUCUGACAGUUCUAUCGUCAAUCGGUAGUCUACCUUUCGCCGAAUGGACGAACAUGUAUGCCACAACUAUCCCCGAAACCGCGCAGGUCGAAAGUCUGGACGGACAGAUUCGUGAGGCAAUAAUGAGACGUUGGCAUCCCCUGCAUACUGCAGAGUAUGUCUUUACGAAAGGCUUUUUCUCCAACUUGUUACUUCGGUAUCUGGGUGACAAUAUCGACAUGGUCCACCACGUUGAGACUCGACCUCCAUUUCUAGAUCACCAUCUUACCGAAUACGCAAAUAGUCUUCCACCUAGCCUGAAGAUUAAAUGCUCACUGGAAGAUGGAACUGUAACGGAGAAGUACGUCUUACGAGAAGCAGUACGCCCGUUCGUCACAGAUGAGAUCUACACGCGAACGAAGAAGCCGUACCUUGGACCGACAAGGUUCCCGGAAAAUGGCCCCCUGCAUCAACUAUUUCUUCGCCUGACUACUCGGGAGAAUGUGGACGCUUUGGGAUUCGUGGACUGGGAGGGAGCACAAGAGAAUAUUCGCAAAGCAUUCGAAGAUAAGGACAUGACGUCUUUCCGAUCUGCGUUUGCCACUUGUCAAUUUAUUGUUCUCUCUAAGAGAUUCGGGGUUGCUCAGGCUGCUCCCUGA